CGUGGUAACAAUUCCGUUGAAUCCCUCACUACACUUACAGUCUACGUUUCUGAUUUUCUCUCCCUCUCUCAAAAGAGUCAAGGCCCGCCUGAAACUGAAGGGUCUCCACCUCGAAAAUUUGUUUUCAACUUGGACCUCUCAACUUCCCCAUUUACUGCCCGACUUUCUCCCCUUAUUUCUACUUUAUAGCCGUUGGAAGUUGGAACCCCCUCCUCCCUUCUCUCUCUCUCUCUCUCUCUCUCUCUCUCUCUCUCGUUCACAGUUCACACACGCAAUGGCAAGCAUUACAGAUACAGUAGAUAGAGACCAGAUCCAGAAGCCACCAGACAAUGUAUUUAUUGCUCAACUUACUGAACCAAAACACAGCAGUUUAUCACAUUCGCAAGAUACCAGUAUGAAUAACGUCGAGCACUUCAGUUCUUCGUCUUCAUUCUCCAACUCUACUAAUUCAACUACAUCUUCGUGUUGUUCUUUGAAGAGGAAAAGACCACCCAGGAUCGACAUCUCACGGGUCUUACGGGAAAUUCAUCCCGAUAAACUCAAUUUCAGGGACAAGGUUGUUGAACACGAAACAAACAGUUUCGACGGGGCAGAAGUUGGGGUUUUUUCAAUCAAAGGGAAGAAAAAAGUCAUGGAGGAUACUUACAAGAUCGUUUCGCGCUUAUGCGGGGAUUCCAAUAAGGGUUUCUAUGGCGUCUAUGAUGGACAUGGAGGAAGAAAAGCAGCAGACUUUGUUGCGGAGAAUUUGCAUAUUAAUAUACUCGAAAUGCUCGAGAAACACAGGGAAGACACGGGGAAGGAGGACGCCAUCAAAGCUGGGUAUCUGAAGACGGACCAGGACUUUGUGAAACAAGGUUUAAGCAGUGGUUCCUGCUGUGUAACUGCCUUGAUUGAUGGGAAAGAUAUUGCUGUUUCAAAUCUGGGAGACUGCAGAGCAGUUCUUUGUAGAGGUGGUUCAGCUGAAGUCCUUACAAAAGACCAUACAGCCAGUCUAGAGGAGGAAAGGAACAGAAUAGAAAGGAAGGGAGGAUAUGUGGAGAUUCACCGAGGAGCCUGGAGAGUUCAUGGGAUACUUUCUGUUUCUAGGAGCAUUGGGGAUGUUCAUUUGAAGGAUUGGGUAAUGGCAGAACCUGAUACAACAAUUCUGCAUUUGACUCCUGAUAUGGAGUUUCUUGUUUUAGCCUCUGAUGGACUGUGGGAAAAGGUGGGUAAUCAGGAAGUUGUUGAUACGACAAAGCGCAUAUUUUCUGUUGCAAAAAGUGAAGGAUCUUCAGUUGAUUGUUGGCAAGAAGAUGGAUAUGAAUUUGGUUAUGAAAACAUCAGUCCUCCACUAAAGCUGCGGAGGAUUUCACAGAUCAAGCAACAAGUUAUGAGUAUCCAGAUCCCAAGCGAAGAAAACAUUGGGAAUAAGAGGAAAAGUGAUGAUUGGAAAGAUAGAGAUGACUUUGGUUGUGAAAACCAGAGUUCUCCAUUAAAAUUGCAGAGGCUUUCACUGAUCAAACAACAUAACUGGAAGAUUAACCUUUCAAGUCAAGAUAGUAGCCAUUAUGAGAAGAGAUCAACUACUGGUGUGAUCAUUGCUGCUUGUAAGGAGCUAGCUAAUCUGGCUGUGAGUAGGGGAAGCUUGGAUGACAUCACUGUGAUGAUUAUUGACCUAAAGCAAUUCCAGUUAAUUCCUGCUUGCUUUUUAUCCGGCGAAAAGCAGAGCGAUGACCCGGCCGCCGUGACCAAAGCAGGUCAGAACGUCUUCCUGUCAGUAUACAGAACAAAGAUUGCCGGCCAGUGCCGUAUGAUCACAGUAACAUGGUGUAAGAAUCUGUUACUCCACGGCCUCUGCGUCUCCGUCGAAGGACCGAACGGGGAAAACCAGUACAGUUGCAAAGUUGAGCUCAAACCAUGGUACUUCUGGAGGAAGCAAGGUUCCAAGCGAUUUAUGGUGGAAGGUAAAGCCGUCGACAUCUUCUGGGACCUGAAGGCCGCCAAGUUCAAUGGAGAGACUGAGCCGCAGUCCGAUUACUAUGUGGCCGUUGCCUGCGAAGAUGAGGUUGUAUUGCUUCUCGGUGAUCUAAAAAAAGAUGCCUACAGAAAGACAGGGUGCCGACCAGCACUAAUUGAGCCCAGCAUGGUAUCAAAGAAGGAGCAUAUAUUUGGCAAGAAGAAACUCACCUCAAGAGUGAAAUUUCAUGAGAAAGGCAGGCUUCAUGAGAUCUCCAUAGAGUUUAACAACAGCAGCAGCAGCAGUGUUAAUACAAACAGUUGUGUUGGUGGGUUCGAUCCAGAAAUGGAGAUAAAGGUAGAUGGGAAGCUAGCCAUCCAUGUCAAACACCUUCACUGGAAAUUCAGAGGUAAUCAAUCCAUCUCCGUUCAUAAAGUUAGAGUAGAAGUGUAUUGGGAUGUUCAUGACUGGUUAUUUAGUCCUGGUUUGAGGCAUGCAUUGUUCAUAUUUAAGCCAAUAACAUCAUCAUCCACAUCGACAUCGACUUCAUCGUCACCGCCGUCUUCGUCGUUGGCACCGACUCCAUUAUCAUCACAGCAAACGCCGACUUCUGGGUCAACAGAGGGAGAUAGUUCUGGUGGGUCAUCUGGGUUUUGCUUGUUUAUCUAUGCUUGGAAGAUUGAAUGAGCUAAAACACAGAUUGUAUGACCGAUACCGUCAUCGUACAGGCAUGAUCACCCAAAAAGAAAAACUGAAAAGAGUUACAUAAAGAAAGCAGUGGAUGAUGGUGGUGAUUAAGAUUGGAUUGUGCAAGUUUAAGAGUGAGCUAAAGUUGCAGAGAGGGAGAACAGCAGCAAGCUAAGAUGGGCAUCACGUGGGAGGAGGAGAGGGGUUGGGCAGAAACUUGGAAGUUAGUUACAACUGGGGAUGAAUUAGUGGACAUGAUUGGACAGGUCAGAGUGGAACAUAUCAUCUGCAUACGGUGCCCAAUAAUUCUCCCAUCUAUACAUCCAUCCUUCUUCUUAUCUUCUUCAUCUGUUUGAACGUGGAUGUGUGAGUAUAAUAUCUUCUGGGUUUUUUAUUUUCCCUCGAUAUGGUAUCUUUCUCUAUUUAUUUAUUAUUAUAUUAAUACGAUUGCAUGGGACACAAGAAAGAAGAGAUUUUUUUCUUUUUUGUGAUUUAAGGGGAUUUCAAUGGUUGCAAAAGCUUGUGUUUCUGUGCAGUGCACAAACCAUGCACAUGGAGCUUGUCUUCUCCUUUUUCUCUGUUUAAUUCAUUGCUUAUUCCAUUUUA